AGGAGCGGUGCGCCGAGGUGACGUACCGCACCCGGCUGUGCACGAGCGACGCCCAGUGCAUGCUUCGGCACCCCGGGCGGUACGAGGGCCAGAAGCGCUUCUGCAACACGACGACGUCCCUCUGCGAGGUGCUGGCGGAGAAGCGCAGCGACGGGCACCACAUCGAGGGACCGAAGCAUGUGCGUCACCCGCAACUGGUCGGUGCCCGCGAUGAACAAGUGGACGGCGACGCACCUGACGGCAGGACCGCCUGCUCAGCGUCAACGCCACCUACUUCAGGAGGCUUGAUGUCCUGGAGGGCUGUCGGCAAGAGGGCGCGGUCUUCGGCCAGAGGCUGCUGACGGCGCACGCGGGCUCCACGGACCUGCUCAUCGACGCGGCGGACCCCCCGCCGGUCCUGAACGACUCCGCCUGGGGCCUCGCGGUGCGGAGCGACGGCUCGGCCCCCCGCGCCGCAGGCGCAGGGCCACGAGGGGAGGGCGCCGAGGCGCCGCCGGUGCACGGGCGUGCUGCCAGGACGAGGUGGUUCGCUCAUAUGGAUUUCAGACCGUCGAGUUCGAGAUGCCCCCGAUGCUCGACGACGAAGAUGUCUCGUACUUGAACACGGCGCAGACCACUGCGAACGCUUACACGUCCGCCCUUGACGCGUGGGUCGACGAGGUCCCCAAUUCCACGGAGGAGGAGCACCUCACGUCGGCGGUCCCGCACCUGACCGCGCAGUCAGGCGCGACGGCAGACAACGAGCUCCCGAUGCUGGCCGUGGCGGGACCUCCCUUGGUGCAGGUG